UUUCCUCAUUUAUUUCCCCCCAAACCGACGUCAUCCCCAUUUCUCCCCUCUCAACCCCUCGUCGUCGCCUCUCCGAUUCGCCGACUCCCUCAUGAACCGAUCUUUCCAAAAAACCUAAAAAUUUGCUCCGAGUUCUUUAGAUUUCGUUAGUUUCUGGCUCGAUUGUUUGGGAUUUGAUCGGAGAUGGCGGAUGUCGACACUUGACUCUGAAUCGGGACUGUUUCUUGUUGAUUCUACAGAGCCAAAGAAACAGCCUGAGGUUAUGAUUGUGAGAUUUUGUGAUAUUGGGAGAUCUCUAGGGUUUGGUCUCGAUUGCUUGGUUGGCGCUGUUGGUGAUCGUUUGGGAUGAGGAAUGAGGGGCAGAGGCCUCAAGGAUCCGGACGGAACAAUGGAUUCAUGAGGAGCUUCUCGAGCUACUUGAGGAUUGUCUCUAAUGGUGCUUCGAAUGUGGCGUCGACUGUGAAAUCUGCGGGGGUUUCGGUCGCUUCGUCCUUAGCUGAUCGCGAUGAGGAUGCUGCUCGUGAUCAGUACUAUCCAAGCUUGAACCGAUCAAGAUGUUGCAUGAAAGGAAUAUGUACAGGAAGGAGCCCAGAGGAAGCAACCUGAAUGGUGAUUGCAAGCUCUCCCCACUUGGGGAUGGCAAAUGCAUUGGCAAGCCACAUUGUCAUUGUUCUCUUCUGCAGCAACAUCAAGAUUCUCGACUAACUUGGUUACAGCCACAGCUCAUUCACCUUAUCUUCAGUUUCCUCCACCGUCUAUAUCUAAUGCCGCACGUUUGUGUUUCCCAGUUCAUUUAUUAUUUUCCUCUCUAUAAAAUUAUUCAUGCAGUUUGUGUUUGAGGAUUUGGUACGUGGUAUAUUCACCUGAAUCUGGUAUGUGGAACCACAUUCCAGAGAGGUAAGGACAUUCAACAUACCACAAUAACCUGAAUCCUUGAGGGUCUAAUUCUAACCAAAGUAUAUAUGUUGCCUAUAUCAAUUUAAUCUUUCUACUA